CCCUUCUUGUAUUUCAGCUAUCAUCAUCGAUUGUAUUGAUUCAAGCACUGCUCACAUCGCAUCGACAUCGCCAAGUCAGCAACAGUAAAACGGAGAAAUACGCGUGUCUUGAAUACAGAUCUGUCAACCACACUUGUCUGUCUCUGAAUUACCCGACCCGAGAUGGAUGAAGACAGUGGAAUGUCGUUUGAGUCUGCUCCGAGCACCUUUGCACCUCCUCAGCAGCAUCCAGGAACACCUUAUGAUCCUAAUCGUAAAAUGCUUGAUCUCGUGUUUGUGCAAGAUUGUACAGGAAGUCAAGGAAGUUACAUCUCGUCAGCAACGCGAAAUAUUGAAGAGAUUUGCGCACACAUCUUCACCUCGGGCAAACUACAGGAGCCAGAGGACCUUCGAGUUGGUCUCGUAGCUUACCGUGAUCAUCCACCGCAAGAUCACACGUGGGUGUACAAGAACUUCGGCUUCACGUCAGAUAUCUCAAAAGUUCGCCAAGAGUUAUCAUCCUUGUAUGCUACUGGUGGUGGCGAUGGACCAGAGGCGGUCACCGCAGGAUUGCAUCAGGCGUUAAUGAUGAACUGGCGAGACCAGGCCAGCAAGAUGGUUGUGCUCAUUGCGGAUGCACCGCCUCACGGCAUUGGUGAAUAUGGUGAUGGGUUUGACGAAGGUUCACCGGACGGGCAUGACCCAAUAUUAAUUGCACGAGAAAUGGCCUCCCGUGGGAUAACGCUAUUCUUUGUCGCUUGCGAGCCUGCAUUAAGCGGCUAUUCUUAUGCCACUGACUUUUUCCAAGCGUUGACUAAUAUCACAUCUGGCCUUAUGCUCCCGCUUACAACCGCAGAUUUACUAGCUCAUGCCAUUGUUGGCAGUGUGCUGGAAAAUCUUGAUAUGGAACGGCUGAUCCGAGAGGUCGGUCAGGCGGUUGCGUCGCGGAUCCUAGGGUCAAACGAAAGCGUUGACGACGUAGCUCGCGAACUGCAUGAGCGCUUGUUACUAAGGAAUGAGAGUACGAAGAAAGUGGUGAUUGAAAGCAUCUACCGAGAGAGUGAAGAAGCACGACAUAAUGUGGAGGUCUUUAUGAACACGCCAUCGCUUCGCGAAGCCCGGCCGCACUUAAAGAAGGUCCGAGGAAGCCGUUUCACGGAAAAAUACCUUCAAGCCCGUCUUCAAUCCGCCUAUUCAUACACUCCUCGUCUACCUGCCCGCUCAUCCGAGUUGAAGUCAUCAACGACGUCUACUCCCGCUUCUCCUCCACGGACCAGCACGUCACCACCACGCAAAGUUAUAUCGGACUUCGGAUCAUUCAGUGCACCUGCUAAUGCGAGUGUAUUCGGUACCGCCGUACAAUCGUCGCCUUUCUCACUCGCGGGUGGCAAAGCGGCUUUCGGAGGUAUGCGCAAUGGAAAUAAUGCGUCAUUUGCGGAUGAAGAUGAAGAAGAGGAUGAUCGUGGCGAUUUACUCGGCGGUCGCCAGCGAGUGGAGUUGCGUGAGGAUUCGAUAACUUUGGAUCAGGCGAAACGAAUUGCAAUCCAGAGUGCUUGGAGAAGCAUGCGCGCUUAGAAGGCUCACCUCUUCUCUCUUCCUUUUUUCAUGUGAAAGACAGUAUUUUCUUCAAUGCAUGUAAGGUUUACUGUGCACCUUGCUAUGUUCCCGUGGCCAGUCUAGCAUUUGCAUAUACCUUCCUGCGUCAUUGCUUUCUUGCAUUCCUUUGCUCUCGCAUCCCCCCUCCCCCCAUUGAAUGAGAGUUCCUCGUAAUGUAUAUACAAUUUGUAUUAUACGUCAGGAUGACAUGUCAUGGCACCACGAGGUUAUUGUGCCCCUAAAACAAAGUUAU